ACGUUUUAUUUUGUGAAUUUUAAGUAACAAAUUUAUUUAUUACUCCUAUUCAUUAUUUGGAAUAAGUUACUCACCUAUUCUUUCCCAUGUUUAAUGAAUUUUGUUCAUUAGUCAUUAUUCUCAAGGCUUGCAUUUGGGGGCAAAUUGAUCCUAUAUGCGCCAAAACUUGAGAGACUUGUACAGUAGCUUUCAGUCGACCCACGUAAAUCUGCAAAACUGCAAUGAGCGUGGAAGCUCUCCUCCGCCGCCUCAACACCUCAUCUCCACCACCACCACCACCACGUUCCGGCCAUGCAUAUCCCUCAAAUCCUCUAUAAAAACAGCCUCCUCCAUUCCCACUUCCUCACCACACACAACAAGAAUCAACUGUUACAUACACACAUAAUAUUUACACGCAACUUAACGAAGCAAUGGCGAAGCUGACAGCUCUGAUCAUCUUAAUCGUGGCCAUCGUGGGCAGCGCUUCGGCCUACAGCUACAGGGGCGACAGGUGCGAGCAGGAAGUGGAGAAGGUGAUGCCGAUGAGCAGCUGCAUGAUGUGGGCGGAGAGCAAGAUGAGGCGGGGGAUCUUCGCCAACCGCGGAUACAAGGAGGAGCACCUGAAGGAGUGCUGCGAGGAGCUGAGGCAGGUGAGCUCCGAGUGCAGAUGCAAAGCGGUGAAGGAGAUGAUGAUGGAGAUGCCACAUAGGCAUGUGCAGAUGCAGAGGAUGAUGUGCUCUCUCCCCACCAAGUGCCAGAUGAGCUCCUGCGCCUGCCCGCGCUUCGCCUACGACGACUAGACACACACACACACAACUCUUUCUCCAUGUCUAAUAAAUGAGCCAUAUAUUGGUUCUCAGCUGUAGAUCUUAGCCCAUCGGCUACCA